CUGCCAAACUUCUGAUGCGCAAUGCCACAUUCUGUCGUUGCUUUCCCGCGACGUCUGAUUGGCGGACUUGAACACUCACCUUUUCCUGUGCUCGCCGCCUGAUGAUUAUAUCAGCCUACUGCGCCUAUGCUUCCCCAAACAUGCACAUACAAAUGCAUUCGCGUUAGGGCGGCGCCUUGUUGACCCAUGCCAAACCGCAUGUUAGACCUGGAGAGGGAAAAGGGGCUAGUGGAUAUGUUCUCCAUAAUGAGAACAAAGGUCCCACCACGACUGAGCAAGAGCAUCCAGGAGGCGGAGCAGCUCGUGUCUCACCCACUCCAGGCGCCCCUUCCGCGGCUUCAGGAGCCGGCUUCCACUUCUCGCAGCAAGUCCUCCCUGGGCUGCUACCCAUCCUCCACAACCAACCAGUCCUCUCUUGAUAGGCGCGUAGAUGCCGCCCCCGCCUCCCCGGGGCCCCCAGCCUCACGUCAGCAACCCAACCAGCCGCACGCCAAGGGCCUGUCACGUGCCUGCUCCGGGGAGGAUCAGGGCCACGAGCUGGCGAUAGCAAACCGCUCCAGCUCAAUAGCUGGAUUGGAGCCGCUUACCGCUGCUACUGCUGCUGCUACUGCUGCUCCUUGGGCAUCAGAGGUGCAACUACACGAGCAGCCCGGCCUGGACCUCAUGCCCGGGGGGCUGGUACCUAGGGCGCGCGGCGUCACCAUUGGGACCAUUGCAGAGUCGUUCAACGCAAUGGGACUCACCCCGGGCCACACCGCUGCUGCUACUGGAAGUGUUACUGGCGAUGGCAGCCGCGUCAGCACGGGCGGGUUGGGCAGCAGCCCCGCAGUGGCGUCUCCUGGCCUGCGGCGGGCGACGCACCCGCAGCUGCAGGAGCAGGGUCCGGCAUCACAGGCCCCCGCCUCGCCCUCCCUGGUGAUGAUGGGUGCGCGGGCCUCGCACGGAUCCGGCGCCGCAGCAGGGGCAGGCGGUGGCGGCGAUGGCGGGAUCGGCUCGCCGAAUCGAUUGGGGGCUGCGGGGUCACUACGCUCGCAGACUUUGCCGGCGGCGGCACCUGGAGCCAGCGGCGGCUCGGCUGCCAAUAGCCCGCUGCGGAGCGCCGCCAGCGGCGGCAUCAGUGGUGGUGGCGGCGGCGGCGGCGGCGGCGGCAGUAGCGGCAAGAAGCGGCCGCCGCUUCACUCUAUGUCGUACUCGGACAUGCAGCCGCGGGCGGCGGGCGCGGCAGGGGCGGCGGGCCCCGCAUCGCCGCUGCUGCUGCUGCCUCGAGUGGGAGUUGCACGGGCAGCUGCUGGCGGCGCCGGGACCAGGGCUGACGGCGUUGGUGGAGGUAGCGUGGGUGGAGGAGGGGGAGGGGCUGCUGGCCAGUCGGUGACUUGGCAGGACCCGAGGCGGGAACCCACAGGUGCCGCAGACCACGGGCCCUUUGCCGCAGCCGCAACCAUAGCAGCCGGAGCCGAAGGCGGGGGCGGGGCCGGGGCUGGGGUCGGCCUGCAGACGCAGGCAAGUGGUGGUGCGGUGGAGGGCGAGGCGUUCCCAGUGCUGCGGGUGAUAUCCAGCCUGCGGACUCGGCUGUCGGCCGCUUCUGAAGGCUCGUUGGGGAGCCACCUGGGGCGGCAGCGCAGCGGCGGCGGUGGCGGCGCAGCGGCGGCGGCAAUGGCGGCGGCAGAAGAGCGGGCGAGGCGCCUUCGAGCCAUGGCGGCGGAGGUGGAGGCGGAGGCGGAGGUGGGGGAUGGGGCGGCGGCGGCUGCGGCGGCGUCAGCAAGCGAGGGCGUUGCAGCUGCUGCCGCCAGGGCAGGCGUGGCGGGGCAGCAGCGGCUCGGCGGCGGCGGCGCGGGCGCCAGCCGGCUGAGUGGGGGCGGGGCGCUGGAAGGCCGUGGCGACGCAGGUACUGCUGCCGGGGCGGCGGCGGCAGGGGCAGCGGCGAUGGAGUCGGUGCCGUGCCUCCCGUCCAUUGCCAGUUUGGAAACGGCACGGUCGGCAUCCGUCAAUCGGGUGGGGAGGCAGAGAGAGGGCCGCGACGCAUUCCGCUCCGUGGGUGGCAGCGGCUGCGGCAGCGGGCAGGCGUCGCCGCUGCCGCCCGCGGCAACGGGGGCCCGCGCAGCCGCAGCAACCGCUGCCGUGGCAUCUGCAGUCGCAUCUGUGUCGUCGUCGCAGCUGCAGCUGCAGCAGCAGCAGCAACAGCUGCGAGACCUGCCGUACCGUAGCAUGGACGUGUCACGGUGUGCGGGCAGCCGCAGCGGGAGUGGCAGCGGCGACGGGGAUGCGCUGGAGCUGGACGACUCGGACUUCGACGUCGCGAUGGAGGCAUGGGCCUACACGGCGCGGCUGGACCCCGAGGUGCUGGAGCGCACUCUGGAGCAGCGCCGGGCGCUGAUGCGGCUGGCGGAGCUGCGGCAGCGCCUGCUGGGCGGCGGCGGUGGCGGCGGCGGCGGCGGUGGCGGCGGCGGCGGCGGUGGCGGCGGCGGCGGCGGUGGCGGCGGCGGCGGGGUUGGAGCAGGAGGAGGAGGCAAUGGAGGAGCCCAUGGCAAGGGCAAAGGCCCGUCAUCCUCAUCCCCGCAGUCGCAGCCCCAGGCUUCGGAGUGGGCGGCAGGCACGGGUGGUGGCGGCGGCGCCGCCGCCAGCUCAGCUCUGUGCUCCAUGGCGGCGCAGCUGCGUAAGCUGCCUCGCAUCGACCCAGACCAGCUCAAGGACCCGGCGUAUCGCCAGGCGCUCAAAGCGCGCACGGCGGGCCGGCAGGGCGCCAAAGACGUGUACGAGGUGGUAGCUGAGGCCGUCCGCGAGAUGCCCAUCACCGACCAGCACAAGGCAUGGCGCCCACCCAAGUAGAUGGCUGAGCGGGAUCCGCAGGGUCCUGGGCUCCUGGCUGGCGUGCUGCAGGCCUUGCGGCUGGUGGUGGGCACGGUGGUGAUGGUGUGGUGCACGUGCUGGUGGCGCCGCCGGCAGGGGGGCUGCUGGCUGACGGGGAGUCCAUUCGGCAAGCAGCGGCAGAGGAACGUCGUUGCACUUGAUUGGUGAGCAACGAGUGAGAUGCUGGAUCCAAACCGGCAGAGUUUUAAAUUCUGUGAUACGAUUCGAGCGAUUGUAGCGCAUUGUGACACUGAGUAAGGUGCACGCGCACCGGAUGCACUUAUGCGGUGCAUGCUACUGUGGGGAGCUGGGAAUGUUUGGAGAUUUGAAUACUGGCGCAUUGGUUGUCGUUACUGGGAAGAAUUUUGAUCUCAAUGAGCCCGUUGUGGGAGUGCACGGCACGUCGGCACGUGCUACGCAAGGUGCCAGGGGAGUACGGGUUGAUUGGAUGCAAGGACGACACCCGUGGACG